AUGGACCAUGCUGGAAUAUAUGUGCAUCGCCAGAUCACGGACGAGAAGCAGUGGGCACUUGCGAUGCAAGCCAUCCAGAGGGAGUUCUGUGAGGACGACGUAUUCGUGGAGAAGACAUGGACGCUGAAAGAGCAGGCUCCGCCGGACGAUCCACUGUAUUGGAUCAAGAUGACUAGGGCGAUAUCGGAGGAUGAUGUCGUGGACUUGCGGUACGCAGAACUGCUUAACUUCGGCUCUGGCGUGAACUUCUAUCACUGGGAGCCACUGGCACAGCUUGUGGAGAUGGGCUUCGAGAACCUGGAGUCCCUGGAAGAAGUUGUCACUCAGGGAAAGGAGCUUCUCACAGAAGCGCUGAAAUCUCCGAUGCAAAACCCGUUCGAGAUCAACGAGGCUAAGGAGACUUUGACGAAGGUCAGGAGCAUCGCUCAGAACAUUCGAAGUCUCCCUUCAGACGAGCAGACGAUGGUCUUCCAACUGUCGAAAGAGCGAAAGCUCUCUAAGGUUCGCCCGCCGAUUCUCUUCGAGUUCUCCGUAGGAGAUCGCCCCAGCCUGCCGCUCUUCGGCCGCCACUUCAGGAUCAUGGAAUCUAAGCUUGGUGGGCAUUGCGACAUCGCCGAUGGCUACAUCCGCUUGGUCUACCGCGUCCUCAAA